AGCUGAAUCAGUUCAGUGUCGCCAUUCGUGGACGUUUAAGCGCUCUUGAUUUCUCUCACAUUUGUUAUCAUUAUCAUUAAAAUCUUAUAUUUUUUCGAACGAAAAUAUUUCAACGAAAUCAACGUCAUGUUAACACAGUGGAUAGAGGGGAUAGAUUAUUAAAAUAAGAAGAGCCAUGUCACACAGUUAUGGGGCGCAGUAUGUGCCCGGCGUUGGGCUUGGCGCUGCACCCCAGAACAGGAGCUUCAAUUUCGAAUAUAUACCGAAUUAUCCACCGACCAAAAUCGACAAAUACAGGGGUGGUUCUGGUAUACAAAAGAGAAUGACUCAAAGGGAAGAUACGUUGAGAUUCGAGCAGGGCCGUAUUAAGGCCUUGCAGGAAGAACGUUUGCAUAUACAGAAGAAAACAUUUACUAAAUGGAUUAAUUCAUUUUUAUUGAAGGCACGUAUGGAAGUAGAUGAUUUAUUCACGGAUCUAGCGGACGGCAAGAAGUUACUGAAAUUGCUGGAGAUCAUCUCUGGUGAACGAUUGGCCAAACCUAACAAUGGUCGUAUGCGAGUACACAAAAUCGAGAACGUGAACAAAUCUCUAGCAUUUCUUCAUACAAAGGUUCGUUUGGAAAGUAUAGGAGCAGAAGAUAUAGUAGAUGGAAAUCCAAGAUUAAUAUUGGGUUUAAUCUGGACCAUUAUUUUGAGAUUCCAAAUUCAAGAGAUAGAAAUUGAUGUAGAUGAAGAAAAUGAUAGUAGUGAAAAGAAAUCAGCCAAAGAUGCUUUGCUACUCUGGUGUCAAAGAAAAACUAAUGGAUAUCCUGGUGUUAACAUCCAAGAUUUCACUGGAUCAUGGAGAAGUGGUCUUGGUUUCAAUGCCCUUAUUCAUGCUCACAGACCAGAUUUGGUUAAUUGGUCAGAACUUCAACAAAAUAAAAAUAUCGACAAUCUUAAUUAUGCCUUCGACGUGGCCAAUUCAGAACUUGGAAUUCCACGAUUAUUGGACGCGGAAGAUGUUGAUACUGCCAGACCUGAUGAGAAAUCUAUUAUUACUUAUGUUGCUUCUUAUUAUCAUACUUUCGCCAGGAUGAAAAACGAGAUCAAAAGUGGUAAAAGAAUUGCGAACAUUGUGGGGCAAAUGAUGGAUGCUGAUAAAAUGAAGAUUCACUAUGAAAAGCUUACAACAGAUUUAUUAGAAUGGAUUAAAAUGAAAAUAGGAGUUCUAGAGAACAGAAAUUUUCCUAAUUCCUUGGAGGGCAUUCAGAGAGAAUUAUUAGCAUUCAAGCAAUAUAGAACUGUAGAGAAACCACCAAAGUACAAGGAAAGAUCAGAAAUAGAAGCUUUAUAUUUUCACAUAAACACCCAGUUAAAAUCAUUAAAUCAACCUGCGUUUACGCCUCAAGAAGGUCAAUUAAUCCAUGAUAUUGAAAGAAAUUGGGUAGAAUUAGAGCGAGCUGAGCAUCGUCGAGAAGUUGCUUUAAGAACUGAACUUCUUAGGCAAGAAAGAUUAGAGCAAUUAAAUUAUAAAUUUGAAAGAAAAAGCGUACUAAGAGAAGGUUAUUUAAAAGAAAUGAUUCAAGUUUUAACAGAUCCUAGAUACGGUAGCAAUUUAGCUCAAGUAGACGCUACAGUGAAGAAACACGAAGCCAUUAGUGCAGAUAUCUUAGCUCGUGAAGAACGUUUUCAUGAUUUGACUAACAUGUCGGAAGAAUUAGUAAGAGAAAAUUAUCAUGGGUUAGAAAGAGUGCGAAUUAGGGAACAAGAAGUACUUCAGAGGUGGAAAGAACUUUUAACUCUUCUAGAUCAUCACAAAUCUAAUUUAGUUGCCUUAAGUUCUCUUAUGAGUCUUAUGCGAGAGAUUGAUACAACUUUAGCUUCUAUUCAAGAGUUGCAAUUGAAUUUUCAAAGUACAGAUGUUGGUCCACAUCUAUUGGGAGUUGAAGAUUUGUUACAGAAACACAGUUUGCAAGAAUUGCAAGUAACUGCUCUAGGAGAGACUCAAAGGAGAUUAGGUAGACAAGCUGCUCAGCAUUUAGCACAGCCUCAGAGUAAAGAAGUUCCUUUAUUACAACAAAAAUUAGAAAUGUUAAAUCGAGCUUAUGAUGAUUUAGUAGAAUAUAGUAAGGAACGUAAGGCUCGGCUAGAAGAUGCUAGGAAUUUCUUCCAUUUUCUUCAAGAUCAUGAGGAUGAAGAAUCUUGGUUGAUUGAAAAACAACGUAUUUGUAAAGCUGGAAUAUCGGCCAAAGAUUUACGUGCUGUAAUUUCAUUACAACAAAAACAUAAAGCUCUUCAGGAUGAAAUGAAAGUACGGAGACCGAAGUCUGAACAGUUAUGUGACGCUGGUAGAAAAUUAAUAGCUGAUAAUCAUCCUUCAGCUUUGGAAAUUCAAAAUCGUAUUGAUUCGUUGCAAGAACAUUGGAAAGUAUUGGAGGAGUUAGCUGCUCUGAGAAAAAAACAGUUAGAUGAUGCAGCAGAAGCUUUUCAAUUUUAUGCAGAUGCAAAUGAGGCGGAUUCGUGGAUGAAUGAGAAAAUGGCCCUUGUGGCUUCUGAAGAUUAUGGCGUUGACGAACCUAGUGCUCAAGCGUUAUUACAAAGACAUAAGGAUUUGGAAGGAGAACUCAAUGCUUAUAAGGGUGAUGUACAAUCAUUAAAUAUGCAGGCUGAAAAGCUUAUAAAAUCUGGAAUUUCUACACUUGAAUUAUCUGCUGAUCCAGAACCUGUUGCAGAAUUAGAACAAGAGGAAUGGAGUAAAGAAAUAAGGCUAGUUCCUCAAGAUGAAUGGGUGGAUGAAAUUGUAGAAAGACUAGAACCUAGAACGGUUCUUGAAGGAAGAUUAGUACCUCAAGUAAAAAGUUUGUAUCCAUUUAGUGGUCAAGGUAUGCACAUGGUAAAAGGCGAAGUAAUGUUCUUAUUAAAUAAGACAAAUCCUGAUUGGUGGAGUGUCAGAAAAGCAGAUGGUACAGAUGGAUUUGUACCAGCGAAUUAUGUUCGUGAAUUAGAACCCAAAAUAAUACAUGUUCAGGUGAGAAGACCAGAAAAAGUUAGAGUAACACAGAGAGUGAAAAAAACAAAGAUGGUUAAACAGUUAGUUCCUGUAAGAAGAGUGAAAUCUAUAAAAUCAACAGUGAAGCCAGUUAAAAGAAAAAUUGCUACUGAUGGAGAUAGCGUAGAAAAGCGACAAAAAAAGAUUAAUGAAACUUAUAGUGAACUUCAAGAAUUAGCGCUAAGACGACAUGCAUUGUUAGAGGAUGCUAUAAGACUUUAUGGUUUUUAUCGUGAGUGUGAUGAUUUUGAGAAAUGGAUUAAAGAUAAAGAAAAAAUGUUAAGAAUUGAUGACCCACGGGAUAAUGUUGAAACUGCUAAAAGAAAAUAUGAAAAGUUCCUUACAGAUCUUUCAGCAUCAGGAAAAAGAGUAGAAGCUAUAGAUGCAGCUGUUGAUGAAUUUGUUAGACAAGGACAUAGUCAGUUGGAUAAAGUUAAAGCUAGGCAGAGACACAUUCAUCAACUUUGGGAUCAUUUGAAUUGGCUGAAGACACAAAAAGAAAAAAGUUUAGAAGGAGCUUCCAGUGUGGAAUUGUUUAACAGAACUUGUGAUGAAGCUCAUGAUUGGAUGUUAGAAAAAAUUACUCAAUUAGACACUGCAGAACUUGGACCAGAUUUAAAAACAGUUCAGGCUCUUCAAAGAAGACAUCAACAUUUGGAAAGAGAAUUGGCACCAGUUGAAGAAAAAGUACGAAAAGUAAAUUUAUUAGCAAAUAGUGUAAAGAGUUCUUAUCCACAUGAAUUAAAUAAUGUAAAUGCUAGACAAAAUGAAAUAAAAGAAUUAUGGAAUCAAGUCCAAACUAAAGCUAAGGAACGUAGAUCCAGAUUGGAAGAUGCAGUGGGUCAACAGAUUUUUAUGAAUAGCUCAAAGAAUUUAAUAAAUUGGGCUGUGGAUAUACAAGAAACGAUGAAAGUUGAAGAACCUGUUAGGGAUGUUGCUACAGCUGAACAACUUAGAAAACACCACAUAGAGCUUGGAGAAGACAUACGAACUCGAGAAGACGAAUUUCGUGAAGUAGAAGAACUUGGAAACCAAUUAUUGCGUCGUAAUCCAACUCUGGUAGAUGUCAGUGAACGCUUAGAUAAAUUGCAUGGCUUAUAUCAAGCUGUAACAUCAGAUUGGAUUGCAAAAGAAGCCUGGUUGCAACAAUGUUUAGACUUACAGCAAUUUAAUCGCGAAGCUGAUCAAAUUGAAGCUACUACUAGUUCUCAUGAAGCGUUCCUAGAGUUUACUGACUUGGGAGAAUCCUUAGAUGAUGUUGAAGCCUUGCUAAAACAACAUGAAAAAUUUGAGAACACUCUCCAUGCACAAGAUGAUAGAUUAAAAGCGUUUAGUGACACUGCAGAUAAAUUAAUCGCUCAAAAUCAUUAUGAUAAAGACUAUAUCAAUGAUAGAAGGAAUCAAGUCUUAGCUCGAAGGAAUCAAGUAAAAGAUGCUGCACAACGUCGUCGCGCAGCUCUUAAAGCCUCGGAACAUUAUCAACAAUUUUCUGCAGAAGUAGAUGAUCUAAGAGAUUGGCUAGGUGACAAAAUGAAGACAGCAUCCGAUGAAAGUUAUCGGGACUUAAAUAAUCUUGAACGAAAACUACAGAAGCAUGAAGCGUUCGAAAGAGAAUUAAGAGCUAAUGAAGGGCAAUUAAGAGCAGUGAAUAAAGCUGGAAAAGCUUUGAUAUCUGAAGAAAAUUACAGAUCAGACGAUGUAGGAGAAACUUUAAAAGAAUUAAAUGAUCAAUGGAAUCAAUUAGUAGAUUUAUCUUUGGAAAAAGGUCGUCGAUUAAGACAAGCUGCUUGUCAACAUGGUUAUAAUCGAACAAUGGAAGAUGCUAGACUGAAACUGGAAGAAAUAGAAAAUUGUUUGCAAAGUAAACAAGUAGGAGUAGAUCUUAGAAGUUGUAAAGAAUUGUUGAAAAAACAUCAGACACUUGAAAGCGAUAUGUGUCAAUGGGAACAAAAAGUGGAUGAUUUAGUUGUCAUGGGCGAAGAAAUGGCUCACGAAGGUCAUUUUGAUGCCGCAAAUAUAUUAAAAACUAGCCAAGCGACACAAAAAAAAUUCCGUAGCUUAAAAGAACCAGCUAAAAGAAGACGAGAAGCAUUAGAAGAAAGUUUACGUUUUCAUAAAUUCGGUUUCGAAUUAGAUGCUGAAUUACAAUGGAUAAAAGAUCAUCUUCCUCAAGCAUCCUCGACGACUCUUGGACAAAACUUGCAUCAAGCUCAAACAUUGCAUAAGAAACACAAAAAACUAGAAGCUGAAAUUGUUGGCCAUCAACCAAUGAUAGACAAAACAUUGGCUUCUGGGCAAGCUUUGAUUGAUCAGGCCCAUCCAGAGAAGAAGAAGAUACGAGAAUUAUGUGAUGUACUCGACGAAGCGUGGAGAGGACUCCAAGAAAAGGCCGCAGAACGAAACAAAGAUUUAGAAUUGUCUUUAAAAGCACAAGAAUUCUUCUUUGAAGCAGGGGAAGUUGAAAGUUGGCUGAAUGAAAAGAACGAUGUUCUCAGUUCCACUGAUUAUGGCAGAGAUCGCGAUGCUGCCACAAAAUUAUUAACAAAACAUAAGGCAGUCGAAUUAGAAUUAGAUACUUACAAUGGUAUUGUAACAGAAAUGGGACAUACUGCUGCCAUUAUGAUUAACGCAAAACAUCCUGACAGCAAAGCAAUAGCAAAUAAACAGCAAGCAAUCGCUCAACAAAUGCGGGCAUUACAAAGAUUGGCCACAGUAAGACAACAACGGUUGAUGGAGAGUAUGUAUCGUCAUGAAUAUUUUCUAGAAAGCAGAGAAUUAGAACAAUGGAUUAAGGAACAGGAACAAGCGGCUGCGUCUGAAGAUUAUGGCCAAGAUUAUGAACAUUUGUUGAUACUACAAGCUAAAUUCAACGAUUUUAAACACAGAAUAGAAGCUGGUUCUGAAAGAUUUAAUCAAUGUGAAGAGUUGGCUAGAAAAUUAAUUGCUAAUGAAAGUCCUUAUAUUCAAGAUAUCGAGAAACGACAAGAGCAAUUAGGACAAGAUGAUGAUGAUCCUGUAAGACAGGUGCAAAGACAGCAUGAUCUUAUUAAGGAAUCUUGGAAACAUCUUCUUGGUCUUAUUCGAAAUCGUGAGCAAAGAUUACAAGCUGCUGGUGAAAUUCAUAGAUUCCAUCGAGAUGUAGCUGAAGCUCUAUCUCGUAUACAAGAAAAAGAAGCAGCUUUACCAGAAGAUUUAGGACGCGAUUUAAAUUCUGUACUUGCAUUAAUUAGACGUCAUGAAGGUUUUGAAAAUGAUCUAGUCGCUUUGGAAGCACAACUUCAAGUUUUGGUUGAAGAUGCAUCUAGAUUGCAAGCGCACUAUCCAGGAAAUAACGCAGUACAUAUUGAUCAACAACAACAAAUUGUUGUUGCUCAUUGGGAAGAGUUGAAAGAAAGAUCUGCUCUUAGAAGAGAUCAAUUACAAGCAAGUUGUGACCUACAACGAUUUUUGACUCAGGUCAGAGAUUUGAUGAAUUGGGCAGCUGGACUUCGUGCCGCAAUGUCAACAGAAGACAAAGUAAGAGAUGCAGCUAGUGCACAAAUCUUAAAAGCAGAACAUGAAGCUUUAAAAGGAGAAAUCGAAGCUAGAGAAGAUAGUUUUAGUUCAGUUCUUGAUUUGGGCGAAGCUAUGGUUCAAACUGGGCAUUAUGCUGCUUUAGAAGUUGAAGAAAAAUGUAAUCAAUUAUUAGAUGAAAGACAAAAAUUACAUAGUGCUUGGCAACAGAAAAAAGUACAUUUAGAUCAAUUAAUAGAUCUACAUUUCUUCUUACGAGAUGCGAAACAAUUGGACAAUUUAUCGACCACUCAAGAAGCUGCACUGAGUGGCGAUAAUUUUGGUGACUCUGUUGAAGAAGUAGAUGCCCAAGUAAAAAAGCAUAAUGAAUUCGAAAAAUUAUUAGUAACGCAAGAAGAAAAAUUAACUGCUUUACAAGAACACGGAGAUAAGCUUUUAGCUCAGAACCACUUUGACUCGCCUACAAUUGCUAGGAGAUUAAGCGAAGUUGUACAAAGACGAGCAAGAAUUCGAAAUCUUUGCGAUGCACGAAGAAGAAGAUUAGAAGCUGGAUUGUUACAUGCUCAAUUCGUUAGAGAUGUUGCAGAAGCUGAAUCUUGGAUUGGUGAAAAACAAAAGAAACUUGAGGCCGAAGCAUCUAAAGGAGAAGUUUCUAGUUUGGAAGAUAAAAUCAAGAAAUUACAGAAACAUCAGGCAUUUCAAGCUGAAUUAGCAGCAAAUCAAAGCAGAAUCGAAGAGAUAAAGACUAAGGGAGAGAGAUUGCUUCAACAGAAGCAUCCAGCAAGUGCUGAAAUUCGACAACAACUAGAACAUCUUCAUGCUUCAUGGAGAAAAUUGCUAUUGGAAUCUGGAAAUCGUGGUAGAGGCUUAGAAGAAGCUCAGGAUAUUUUAGAAUUCAACAAUCAAGUAGAGAAAAUAGAAGCCUGGAUAAGAGAUAAAGAAAUGAUGGUUCAAGCUGGAGAUACUGGAAAAGAUUAUGAACACUGUUUAAGUCUUCAAAGAAAACUUGAUGAUGUAGACAGUGAUAUGAGAGUAGAUGAUUCUAGAAUAAAGACAAUUAAUGCUUUAGCUGAUAAAUUAAUUAAACAAGGCAGGGAUAAUGAAUCAAAAGCUAUUCAACAACGUCGUGAUAGCUUUAAUAAUAAAUGGAAAGGCUUGCAAGGAGCAUUGAGCACUUAUAGAGAAAUGCUAGCUGGAGCUUUAGAAAUUCAUUUGUUUAAUAGAGAUAUAGAUGACACAAGUCAAAGAGUCAUUGAAAAGUCAGUUGCUAUGAAUACUACUGAUAUUGGUAAGGAUUUACCUGCUGUUGAACAUUUACAAAGAAAACAAGAAGCAAUGGAGCGUGAUAUGACUGCUAUUGAAGGAAAAUUGAAAGAACACAAAGCAGAAGCUAGAGAAUUAUCAUUGAAAUAUCCAGACAAAGCACCUCAAAUAAAUGGAAUAUUAUCAGAAUUACAAUCUAAUUGGGACGAUUUACAACGAUUUACUCAACAUCGUCGUGAAGCUUUAAAUCAAGCUUAUACUCUACACAAAUUCCAAGCUGAUUUACAUGAGUUAGAACUUUGGGUAGCUGAUACAAUUAAACGUAUGGAUGAAUCUGAACCACCAACAACCAUAUCUGAAGCUGAAGCUUUACUAGAACUUCAUCAAGAAAGGAAAGCAGAGAUUGAUGGCAGACAAGAUACAUUCAAAGCCUUGAAAGAGCAUGGACAGAAGCUUUUAACUAUUAAUGAAGAUGUUAAAGAUAAUUUGGAACAUCUAGAGAAACUUAGACAAGGAUUGGCCAAUGCUUGGGAAACUAAAAGACAAAAAUUAACACAAGCACAUCAAUUGCAAUUAUUUAAGGAACAGGCAGAUCAAGCAGACAGUUGGUUAGCAACAAAAGAAGCAUUUCUUAACAAUGACGAUCUUGGUGAAUCGCUAUCUGGCGUAGAAGCAUUAUUACGUAAACACGAGGAAUUUGAAAAAAUGCUGAUUUCUCAAUUAAGUCGUAUUGAAGAAUUGGAAAAAUUUGCAAAUGAAAUUUUAUCAAAAGAACAUGCAGAUGCUAGCGUUAUUAAGCAACGAUUAGCAUCUGUUUGUACUAGAAGAGAUAAAUUGCAGAAUAAUGCAAGAGCAAGAAGAAAAAAAUUAUUGGAAAGUCAUCAUUUACAUCAAUUUCUUCGAAAUAUAUACGAAGUUGAAGGUUGGCUUCAUCAAAAGCAACAAGUAGCAAGUGAUGAAAGUUAUAGAGAUUCAUCUAAUUUGCAGAGUAAAAUUCAAAAACAUGUUGCAUUUGAAAGUGAACUUAUGGCAAAUAAGGGACGAGUAGCAGCAGUAGUUAAUGAAGGUGAGGCGCUAAUUGAAGAAAACCAUUAUGCUUCAAGUAGUAUUCAAGAACGUUUAGAUGAAUUAGAAGCUGAGUGGCGUUUGCUUCAAGAAACCAGUGAAUUAAAAAAGAAUAGAUUAAACGAUGCAUACCAAGCUUUACUCUUCGGACGAACUUUGGAUGAAUUCGAGACAUGGAUGGAUGAAAUAGAAACUCAAUUGCAAUCAGAAGACCAUGGAAAAGAUCUUUCUAGUGUUGCUAACUUAUUAAAGAGGCAUACAAACUUGGAAAACGAUGUUUUAGGUCAUAACGAAGCUUGUGAAUCAAUUAAAGAAACAGCGACUAGUUUUCAAAAAUCGAAUCACUUUAUGUGUGAUGAAAUACAAGACAGAGCAAUGGCUACAAUAAAUAGAUAUCAUAGUUUACAAGAACCAAUGCAGAUAAGAAGAGAUAACUUAGAAGAUGCUAAAUUACUACAUCAAUUUGCAAGGGAUGUUGAAGAUGAACUGCAUUGGUUAUCAGAAAAAGAACUUUUAGCUGGAAGCAAUGAUCUGGGAAGCUCUCUGACCACUGUACAACGAUUGCAGAAAAAACAUCAAGCUUUGGAGGCAGAAUUAAUUUCUAGAGAACCUGUGGUCGCGUCUUUAGUUAGUAGAGCUACAGUUAUGGUGAGAAGCAGUCAUUUUGCUUCAGAAAAAAUUGAAAAAUUGUCACAAGAAUUACAAGAUAAACUUUCACAUCUUAAAGAUUUAGCCAGUGUUAGAAAAUUACGUUUACUCGAUGCUGUUGAAUCACAAAUGUUUUAUGCUGAAGCAGCAGAAGCUGAACAGUGGAUUAAAGAAAAAUAUCCACAAUUAACUGCUACAGAUUAUGGAAAAGAUGAAGAUUCUGUUCAAUCAUUAUUGAAGAAAUUAGAGGAAAUAGAACGAGAUUUAAUUGGUUUUGAGAAUAAUACUAUUGAAAACUUAAGGAAACUUUCACAUGGACUUAUAGAUAGACAUCAUUUUGAUAGUAAUAAUAUCACACAGAAACAAACAGAAAUCGAACAGAGAUUCAAGGAACUACAAAAAUUAAAAGAAUAUCGAUUUCAACGAUUACGUGAAAGCGAGAAAUUCUUUAAGUUUAUUAGACAAGCAGAUGAAGUUAUUGAAUGGAUUGGAGAUCAAACAACUGUUGCAGCUUCAGAAGAUUAUGGUCGCGAUGUAGAACAUGUAGAGCUUCUCAUUCAGAUAUUUGAUAACUUUUUAGCAGGUUUAACAACAAGUGAAGGUCGAGUAUCAGCAGUAUUAGAUGAAGGACAAAAAUUAAUUCAAGAAAAUAAUCCAGAAAAAACUAAAAUUUUAAUGAAAAUCGACGAAACAAAGCAACAAUGGGAAGAUUUAAAAGAAUUAGCGCAUGCUCGACAAGAUGCAUUGGCAGGUGCAAAACAAGUGCAUAUGUUUGAUAGAACUGCUGAUGAAACUAUUUCUUGGAUUCAAGAAAAAGAAACUGCUCUUAGUUCUGAUGGUUAUGGUCAUGAUUUGGAAACAAUCCAAGCAUUGGUAAGAAAGCAUCAAGGAUUUGAAACGGAUUUGGGUGCUGUUAAAGAACAGGUUGAAUUGCUGAUGGAUGAAGCUUCUAGAUUAAUUGAAUUAUUCCCAGACGCUCGUUCACAUAUAGAAGUAAAACACCAAGAAGCUGAAGCAACUUGGAAUGAAUUAUUAGAGAAAGCAGCUCAAAGAAGAAGCAAACUUUCUCAAGCGGAACAAUUGCAGGCAUACUUGGGUGAAUACCGAGACUUGAUGUCCUGGAUAAAUGAAAUGGUAGCCAAAGUAACAGCUCCUGAACUAGCUCGUGACGUGCCAGGUGCAGAAGCAUUAAUAUUGAGACACAAUGAAUAUAAAACAGAAAUUGAAACACGCAACGAAGCAUUUGAUAAAUUUUAUAAAACGGGUCAGGAAUUGAUAGAAGAAGGCCAUUUUAUGGCAAGGGAAAUAGAGGAGAAAGUAUCUGUUUUACAACACAGACAACAGUUCCUGAAGGAUACAUGGGAACAAAGAAGACACAUUUAUGAACAAAAUCUAGAUACUCAAUUGUUCAAACGUGAUGCAGAAACAUUGGAAAAUUGGAUUGUAAGUAGAGAGCCUAUGUUGAACGAUGGUAAGUUAGGAGAAAGUAUUUCUCAGGUAGAAGAAUUAAUACGGAAACAUGAAGAUUUUGAGAAGACUAUUGAAGCGCAAGAAGAAAGAUUCAAUGCUCUUAAGCGUAUAACUAUGUUAGAAAAAGCGUUCCAAAAGCAGCAAAAGGCAGAAAUGGCUGCCAGACAAGCAGAAAAGGAAAGAAUAGAACGUGCACGUCUCGAAGAGCGAAAACGUAAAGAAGUACAAAGGAUAACUGAGGAAAGGAAACGUGAAGAAGAACGAAGAAGACUACUUGAUAGUCCUCACCAUGCUGUGCAUGAUGAAUUUAAUGGAACAACUGAAGAACAUGAAUCUAUUAAUAAAUUAUCGCCUCUGAAAGCUUCAACCACAACUGAAGGUUUAGAUUCGACACCAGUGCAAAAAUCACAUGGUAUUUCUCAUGUAUUUGGUGAGAAAUUGAGAAGAACAACUCCUGAUAUUAAACGAGCAGAGAGUAUGAAGGUAGAUACAAAAAAACCGAAAAGAACUCCUAGUUUCACGACUAGAAGAAGAACUCAGAGCUUUAGGAAACUUCAGAGAAUGGAAAAUAUGGAUGCUCUUCCACCAGUAGAAAUUCAAGGUCUAUUAGAGAGGAAACAUGAACUUCAAAGUGCUGGUAAAAAGGCAGCUGUACGUUCGUGGAAGCAAUACUAUACAGUAUUAUGUGGACAGCUUUUGUGUUUCUUUAAAGAUAUGGAGGAUUUCACAUCAAGUAAAGCAGCCACUGCUCCUAUUACUAUUUUCAAUGCCAUAUGUGAAAAAGCAGAUGAUUAUACCAAAAAGAAAAACGUGUUUAGAUUGAAAUGUACUGAUGGAUCAGAAUUUUUAUUCUUAGCACCAAGUCAACAAGAAAUGGAAGAUUGGGUUAAUAAAAUAUCAUUUCACGCUAAAUUACCACCAAGUUUACAAUUAUUAAGUUAUGAUGAAUCGCAGAAGGAAGGUCUGGAAAGAUUACAGAAUGUAACUAUAGAUCAUGUUGAUGAUACUAUUUCAACUGGUAGCAGUCGUGCUUCGACUCCGGAAUUAGAACGAAAAAAUUCUGUAAUCAGACGUGAUAUAUCAAAUCAACAUUCACCAAAUAGUGUACAAAUUGAAUUUCUUCAAAUGCACAGACAAAAUCAACAAAAACGCGAUCUGCAAAGUAAUACUGAAUUUUUAGCUACUCAGAGGAAUGAACCACCUCAGACACAGACAGAAUUCUUACAAAUGCAUAGACAACAACAAUUAUUAGCACAGCAGCAACAAUUAAUACAACAAGAACAAAUGGCAAGUCAGAGAGAUCAAUAUCAACCAAAUUCCGGAGAAAAGCCACCUAUUCCUCCAAGAGGAGCACCUCCUCCUAUUCCAAUGAGAUCUCCUAGUUCAGAAACUAUUCCACAAUAUAGACGUGAUGAUAUAGAACAAAUUCAAGGAAGAUCUGGUUUUUACCAGCAACGUAAUAUAACAUUAAAUCACAAUGGAUCCAAUCAAUAUUCAUCUAAUACAAACUGGCAUAGACAAAGUGUUGAUCUUAAUACACAACAUCAAGAGUUAGCACCUCCCUUGCCAUCAAGUGCCCCUCCACCAACCAGAAUAGCUCAAUGGGGUGUUCCUCAUGAUUCUGCUUAUGGAAACGUUCCCAUAAAUUCCAGACAGGGUAUGCAGCAAAAUAAUUCCUUCACAGGUAGACCAAUAUCUUUACCAGCAUAUGUAGAUCCUCCAACGAUUCCACAAAAUUCUCAAACUCUGUCAAAUAUAGAUAGCAGAAGAGCUAGCGAAAGUGGAUCAGAAAGUGAACAUAGCGUGGGUAGUAAUCGCAAAGAUCGUGAUUAUAAACGAAGUUCUGUUUUAAGCAAUUUAUUUGGCAGACGUAAAAAACCUCAAUCAUAACCAUAGUGACGAUAAUAUUUACGCUUUACAGAAUUUAAUAUAUCUGUAAUAAGCGUACAAAUUUUUACGGAACAAAAAAAAAUAAAACCCCUUCAAAUUAAAAAAAAAAAAGCGUAUAUAUGUUACUUUUGUAGCAUAAUAUAUGAAAUAUUU